CAUAAGUUAACCUUAAAAUUACAUUUGUCAAAGGUAGAGAUCUUUACUUCACCACCAUGUUUCUGGCUUCACUUGCCACGUUGGUUCUUAUUACCUUCACUCUGAGUUCCGGGAAGAUGAAAGCUGAAGAGCCGAGAACAAGGGAGAUGCCUGAUAUGUCUUCAUCAUCUUCUGUCUCGUUCCACGACGGCAAUGAUGAGCAUGCUGUAGACGACAUGGUGGGCAUCAUGACCCACUGUAAUGAGACGUUCCGGUUUGAUCCCGCCUACUGGCAGUCUCUGAAUGAGAGCGGCACCUUUCCUGAUGAAAAUGAUAAAAAUCCGAAGUGUUUCAUCCGCUGCGUGCUGGAAGGUACCAGGGUAGCAUCGCUGGACAGCGUGUUCGACGCGGCGCGGGCGGCGGUGGUGUUCGCGGGGGAGAGGGGAGGGCGGUACAUGGACGACCUCGAGACUCUGGCCAGGGACUGCGCUGAUGACCGACGAGAGACCUGCAAGUGCGAGCGUGCGUACGGAUUCAUGAAGUGCCUGAUGGAGGCUGAAAUAGAAAAGUACGAAGUUUAUAAGGCAGACGACAGCUAAAAAAGACUGAAAACGGCUUUUCUUAUUACUAAUAGUUUCAGGAACUUUGAUUUAUCAAGAAAAGAUACUUAUACCUACUGAAAGUGCUUUUAAAAUAGGCCUGAAACUUUUAAAAGAAAUCGAAUCGGCUAUGACUUAAUGGACAUGAUAAUUGCAAUAGAAAUGUAGAUUUAGACGGAAAGUUAUUUAUAAAAUUAAUCCUAUUUUCCAGAUAAUAAAGUGUAAUGCAACAUAA